CACAGAGAUCUUUAAUCCCCUUUCUGACCAAACACUGUCACACCCUCUUACCACUGCCAUCAUCAACACUCCUUCUUCUAUACCCCAAAAUUAAACUAUUUCUCUUUCUCUCUCUAUAUAUAUAUAUUUAUCUCUUUCUCUUUCUCUCUCUAUAUUUUUUUAUAUAUAUAUUUACUAUUUUGCCAUUUCUCAACACACUAAACAAAAAACACUCUUUCUUUCUCUUUUCUCUGAAUUUUUUUUGGGUUUGGGAAACAGAGAAAAAGAUCAAAACUUUACUCUCAAAACAAACCUAAAAACCUAAAGAGUGUUUUUUUGCUUUAGUUGGGUCAAGUGGGCAUUUACUUAUCUGAACCAAUAUACAACCUAGAGAGAGAAACUAAAGAGGAGAGAGAGAGAGAGUGAAAUGGGUUAGGCUGAUUUUUUUUUUUUUUUUUUUUUUGGUGAGUGAAAAUGGAAGUGAAAAUUUUGAUUUGGAAAGAAGAAGAAGAAGAAGAAGAAGAUUAUUCAGCUGAGAAUUAUUGUUAUUUAUAAGUAAUUAUAAUAAUAAAGCUGGAGGAAGAAGAAGAAGAAGAAGAAAAGCAAAGAAGAAGAAGAAGAAGAUUGAGUCUGGAUUCUCAUAAUAAUCAUCAUCAAUAUUUUCAACAUCUUCACUAUAAUAAUUACCUAAAUCAAACCCAAAAUCCAUUUUUUCAGCUAAACCCAAUAUUAAAUCAUGUAAGAGAAGAAGAAGAAGAAGAAAAGGAAGAAUCUUUUGGGGUUAUAAAUACCCAAACUCAAAAAAAGCAUACAUCUUUAUCACACAACAACUUUCAACCUUCUUCUUCUUCUUGUUUAAACUCAGGUGAAAAUCGAAUCGAAUAUGCAAGAAAAAUGGAGGACUACCCUCCUUCUUCUUCACAAAAAUCAGUCAUUCCAAUAACACCAUCAAGAUUAGGAACACGUGGUGGCAGUGGUGUUGGUGGUGGUGUUGGUGGUGAGAUUGUGGAAGUUCAAGGAGGACACAUUGUAAGAUCAACAGGAAGAAAAGACAGGCAUAGCAAGGUGUGUACAGCUAAAGGACCAAGAGAUAGAAGAGUGAGACUUUCAGCUCAUACAGCUAUUCAAUUCUAUGAUGUUCAAGACAGAUUGGGUUAUGACAGACCAAGUAAAGCUGUCGAUUGGCUUAUAAAAAAGGCAAAAGCCGCCAUUGAUGAACUCGAUGAGCUUCCCGCGUGGAAUCCCUUAAUAACUUGUCAAGCGGUAACUACAGAGAAUGCCCAGACGAUUGUUACAACUGGUGAUGUUAGGCGUUUGGAUUCUAAUUCAGUAACGGCGGCUGCUGAUAUGGUUGAAGUUGGUGGUGGAGGGUUUCUUCCACCGUCUUUGGAUUCUGAUUCAAUUGCUGAUACUAUCAAAUCUUUCUUUCCAGAUCAACCCCAUCAACAACUCUGUUCAUCGGUUAAUCAAUUCUAUAAUAAUCCACCGGAUUUGCUUUCCAGAACAAGUAGUCAGAAUCAAGAUCUGAGGCUUUCUCUUCAGUCUUUUCAAGACCCAAUUUUUAAUCAUCAUCAACAACAACAGCAACAGCAACAACAACAAGGGUUUUACUCACCUGGGUUUUCGAGUUGGUUAGAGCAUCAUAACCAACCCCAACAACAAAACCCGAGUGGUUUUCAUAUCAAUGGCGAUAACAACAACAACAACAACACCACUGGGUUUGUUUUCAACUCAUUCCCUGUGGUGAAUCCACAGCCGUUUUUCGGCCGUGGGAAUAAUCACCAGUUUUUUACACAACAACAGAGGGGACCCCUUCAGUCCAGUAACACGCCCUCGGUUCGGGCUUGGAUAGAUUCUUCUUCACCAUCCAUGGCGGACCACAACCACAACCAACAGCAACAACAACAAUACUCAUCAAUGGGAUUCAUUGGUGGUGGAGUUGGAGGUGGAUUUUCAUCCCCCGGGUUUCAUUUCCCGGCGAGGAUUCAGGGCGAAGAAGAGGAGCACGACGGCAUUUCAGAAAAGCCGUCCUCUGCUUCCUCUGAUUCACACCAUUAACCAAAGAAAUUUGAAUCAAAAUCAAAUAAAAAUCAAAGCUUUAAGACACCCCACACAACAGUUUUUCUAAUGCUGUUUUUACUUAAUUGGCAGAUUUUUCGGGUUCUUGAAGCUUUUUGGAGAAGACUUUGAUGAUGAUGAUGAUGAUGAUGAUUCUCAUUCUCUUUGGUUCAAUGGGGCAUUAAACAAAAGAAAAGAAAAAAAAGAACAAAAACCAAAUUUGGGAAGAAGAAAAAAUUUCAGGUUUUUCAAUUCCUUUUGGUUUUGUUUGUUCUUUUUAUUUCUCUUAUCAGUUUGUUAUGUAUUAUUAUCAUUAUUAUUAGUUGUAAUUUAGAACCUUUUGUUUGUUUGAAUUGUUAUUAAAGGUUUGAGCUUUUUUUAUAUAUAUGAAAAAAGACUCAAACUUUUAUGCUUUGAAUUUAUAAUUUGCUUCUGCUUUUGAUGUUUUGAUAUGAAUUUUGAACUAUUUGAAGUUUGAUUAUUUGGGAUAUUUUUGAAAA